GGGGACAGAGUUAGUGGGGACUGUGGACGAAGUCAAACACAGAAGAUGCGACAGAACAACUUCAUUACUUCAACGUGGGUGAGGGCAUAGAUCUAUGCGUGAGGGGCUCUUAAUGUGAAAAGCGGAAGCUACAGUAGGUUUUCCGACUACCGAUAGGCUGGUUGGUGGAUGGGAGGCUGGUACGGUGAAGCUUGGAAUGAAGACCUGCGGGAGAAAUAGCUGAUCUCUCAGUCUGUGAGGGAUCAGUAAUGGCAGAGCUGUGUGAUCUAUGGACGGGUAAGAUAAUUAGACAAUUACAAAACAGAAAUGUGAUUUGGGGAAUAACAGGGUUAAAGGGGGAUAAACACUCCCAUCGUCGUGGUCAACGGAGCUCGUUGGUUCAGCUAACUGUUAACUAACUCAAACGGCUAACGGCAAACAGUUAACGUCUCUACUACCACCGUGCCUGGGUAACAAAUAUGGACUAGGUGUUUGUAGGUAUGUUUACUCCUGGUUUUGAGCUGUAAACCCAUUUUUUCGUGAGCUGUGGCUUGGAUGUGUUUGGAGUGUAUGUUUGGUUGGCGAUGCCGGACUCGGUAGCCGUUAACACACUGCGACAUGAGCUGAACUGAUGCGUCUCUCCAGCUCCGCGAAAAGCUCCGACUCCUCGGUGCUGAUAUCCAGGAGGUCACCGUAAAACUGAUGACCCCACAUCAUCAGCCCGGGAUUAUUCUCUUAUAUUUUUUAAGUUAAGAAAAAAACCAAGACUUUAUCAAUCAUUCAAUGAACCCCGCUUUAUUGGAUGCAGGUCCACAGCAGUGGUGUGUCGGUAGAUCAGCUUUUUAACAAGCAGAGAUUUCUUCUUAAAAAUGAGGAGCGUCUUUGAGAUCAUGAUUUAACACUGGGGGACUCUAAAAAAUGAGUUUGGGCCAUCCUAUGGAGUCUGUGUUUUAAAUGUCAUCAUCUUCUCUUCUUCGACAGAGGUUUGUUUGUCCAGUUUUCCUGAUAGCAACUGUAAAUCUGUAAGAAUAUUGCUCCAGGAAGAUGGGACAUUAUUACCAUGUAUCAUUUUGGACUGGAAUAACUCUGUAGAUGGUGUGGCAUAGAAGAGAGCUUGGCUUAUCCCUUAAACUCAUUUGAUCCAGCUAAAGACCAUAUGAAUAAAAGACUCCAGAUAAAAGUCACAGCCUUCGAGUCAAUAUCCUGUAACUGCUGUGUAGUUAUUUCAGUAUUGCUGAACUGUGAAGAUUUCAUGUCAAAAACUAUGUGGCUCUGCUCCUGAUAAAAAUGAUUAAUGGUUUGUCAUAUUUUUGAAGAAUGUGUUUUUUUUUUUGGUCUUGUAGGGUUUAGUUUACAGAAAAGUCCAAGUGUGCACAUGAUGUUCUGAUUGUAAUAACAAAACUCCAUAUCCAUAAGUACUAAUUCACAUGUAAAAUACCAUGUCUUACUGCAGUCAGUAACCUAUUCAAGCAAUACAUUCAGUCAGUUUAAUUCUCUAAAGAAGGGGAAGCUGUCAAAACUGUAACAACUGUCAGUGUCAUCUUUACACGUGCUUUGUCCUUCCCCAGUGUACACUGUAAUCUUCUCUCUGUCUAAUCAGAUGUACUUGAUGAAGUGUUUUCAUCUGUGUACAUUACUCUGUUGAAAUCUUCACAAUAUUUAACUAACUGUAUACGGUCACUUUUACUAAUUAUGUGUUUUUUUAUGAAUAAGGAUGAAGAAGGAUUUGGAACCAAACUGCUAUUUGCAACAAAAAUGAUUUUUUAAUAAUACAAUCAUGAUGAUGUAUGGUAAAUAAGUGUUUAUUGUACCUUUUUAUACUGGUAAAAUAUGCUUACCCUCUUUCCUCUUAUAAAAAUAACCAGAAUUGUGGACUCACCUGUUAAUUUAGUGGCCUGUGUAUUUCAUAGCCUAUUAACACUGAUGAGUCUUAACAGAUAGUAUCUCUCUCCAGGACAAUGUCCCUGAGAGCCAGAGGGCUACCAGCUUCAGCUCAGAACGGAAAGGAGUUCCCAGGAUCCCUUCUGUAUAAGACCAACAUGAGACUUCCUAAACGCUUGGUUGCACACAGGUAAUUUUCACCUAACACAGCACAAAGACCCUCUCUGUUUUCUUCCUUCCCCGUAGUGGGAAAAUAGCCACAAUUAAACUUGUCAGCAUCUUUAUUAUGCAGAUAAAAACAGGCCAAAAUAUCGCUGUGUUAACACAGACUUUGACCGAAUAACACUGAGGUAGUUACCGCCAAGAGCAGUAACAACGUAUCUUACUAAAGAUAUAGGGAAGAAUAAGAACACAGCCUGGACCCCUUUUUCUGGAAAAAUUAUCUCACUGUAUCAAAGUGUCACGCAUACUCCCUUAACUUCUGCAGGACUAGUUUUCCUGAAACCUUUAUAUUGACUCUUUAUGGAGAAUAAAGACAGGUGACCUUUGUACCAUAAAAGCAAAUGCAGAUUUCUUUAUGGUUUGUUAAUCAUUGUUAAUGCUCUCAUCUGUUUUACAGUCCUUUUGUAAACUAACCUACAUGUUGAAUUGGAGUGCAGCUGCAACACUGCAACAGACAGGUGGACAAAAAGGGCUGUUUCUCUUCCCAAAACAUAAAGAUGUUGUAUUUUUACCUGAACACCAUAACUCUUCUGGUGAAAAAGGUGUUGGUGUUACAACUUCCCACUCGAGGUAUUUCCAGCUAUGCUGUGGAAACAAAAAGAGAAAAGAGGACGUAUGUAUACCGUAUGUGUGAGCCAGUGGUGGUGUAGAGAUGUAUGUGGUGACAGAGCUGAAUGACUCACCUAUUUUUUCGACACAUAGACCCAGAAAAAUGGCCUUUAAACUGCCAAGAGAUAUCUGCUUUCCUUGAGUCAAGGACAUUUGAACAUUUCCCUGCAAUGUUUGCACAGAGCAUCUGUAACAACAAACGCUAUGAUACUCUUCAGAUACAGAAAAACUCAAAGUUCCUUGACAACUUUAGGUGUUCCUGAGAAACUGAUUUCCUAGUGACUAGGAUCUAAUCAGUUAAUGUUAAUUGAAAUGUAGACCACCAGGGCCCUGCUGUAAGUUUUAUAUGAAUUUAAUCACUUGAACUGAUGAGGAAUUCUUGUGCUGACUAGUGAGAGAUGUUAAUAUCUUGGUUGACUGCAUGGGUAUAUCUCUAUUAACAGCCACAGCUUUGACUUGGGUACACUUUGAGUUUUAUAUGAUCAUACAGUAUAUAACAGUAAAAAAACUGAUGAAUGAACUGUCAAAAUGCAUCAUGGAGUUAGGGAUGGGCGAUAUGGGCUAAAAAAUGAUCUCGAUUAGAUUUGCCACUCUGGCAAUAACAAUAAAAGUCCUGAUAAAAAAGUUUUAUAAUUCCAAUCUAUAUUUUUGACUCAUUUUUUCUUGAGAACACCAGUUGGAGUAGUCAAAUAAAAUACUUAAAGGUGGGGUAGGCAGGAUCUGAGGAAGUGCCAGUUUUUGGGAGAAAUCUUGAAUGUAAACUCUACCCCUCCCAACCAGUUUUCCCCUCAGCUCCUCCUCUCCCCUCCCUCUCUGCUCCAGCAAGCCCCGCCCACAAACAGGCGCUCCUACUCGCCGGUAUUAUUCCAAUUAAAUUCAGAUAUAAUGCAGAUAAAUACUUAUUAAUAAUUUCAAAUGGGGCCUAAAGUGACAAAGUCCAGGACCCGAGGUAAACAGAUUAGCAGCGCUACAACACACAGCAGGUCCCGUUUGACAAGAAACACUUCUGUUACAGACACAUGCCUUACUUUGUUAAAGCGGUUUACCUGUCCAGCAGAAAGGUUACAGGGUCCGUAAGAUCCCAAAGCGUUCCCCAUCGUUUAUGCUGAUGCUGACCCCGGCUUUUCAGCUCUUGUGCGGUCUACCUUCUUUUUAAGCGCCCGUUAUUCAGCCUGACUCUCCGGUAUUUAGUUCAUUUUCUUUCUUGUGUUGGCAGUCGUGGCCAAAGGAGGAUUUCCGUACUUUCUGGUUGGUUUCUACUGUUCGAUAUUGUAGCACACCAACUUUGUUUGGGCUCACGAACGACAUGGGGGACAGCGUCUGCCUCACAACCACUCUCGGUUUACAGUCAGAAAGAGCAGGCCGCUCAAAAAAUACAAAAACUACACAGACCUAACAAAACACAGCAAUAUAGUUAUAUUACCAAAUGUCAUCAAUAACUAAUAGCUAUUGACUGAUAUUAAAAGCUUUUUUGUAUAUACACCACAAAAAAAGAUGCUACUUUAACAGAAUCCUUCCUACCUCACCUUUAACCACAAGUUUAAUUGGUAGGUUAUGGAGAGUUUACUUAUCAUGAGAUGGCAAAUAUUUAUCAUGGAGGAUUUUUCUGACAGUAUAUUGUGACUGAUAAUUUAUCGCCCAUCCGUACAUGAAAUAUUAAUUUCCAACAGUGGCCUUGUCAAAAAUCAUCUUUGGUAACUUUUACUGAUCAUUUUACUCCUAUACAUAUAAGAAGCGGGCCCCUUUCACCAAACAGACAAAACAGACAAACAUUGAUGUGUUGUAGUUAGGGAGUGACUCUGAGCAAUGCAUCAAGGAUGACCAAGUAGUAGAAGAAAGAGGUUGUUAGUUCCAAAAAAGUUUGUAUGGAUAGACUUUUUGACAGUAAGGACAUGAAUUGCAAACAACAUUGGAGCUUCUUGUCCUGAAUGGUCACCAUUGCUUAACCUAUGGACCUAUGGGUUGGGUGAGCAACAGAGUGUUCCAGUAUCUAACCACAACACAUAGCUAAACUUAGCUAAAGCAUUUGUCUCUUCUGUCUAUCAGAACCUCUCCUAAAAUAUUUUUUUAAACCAUAAACCUGAAGUAUUGUAAAAACUAAUAUUCAUGUUGUUAAAGCAAGAGCAUCUUUCUGUCUCUUCACUUGAGGGAUAAUUUGAUUGGCUGUAUCUCAGUGUUGAAUGACUAUAAACAAGGCCAGCGGGCGGAAUGGGGUUUGAAGAGCACAUUAAAGAAAGCACUGAAAAGCACAGGAUUAGUGUUCAGUAAGAUGAAUGUCUAAGUGUGGGCCACCCAGACUUAGUUGUGGUCAGGACCAUGUGCACAUGAGUCAUGGGUUUAAAAAAAUCAAACUGAAGAGAGGUUUAUCAGAAAGAGAAAAACUGAGACACAAAGAAAAUAAAGAAAUAUGGAAAACACAUCUGAAAGCCUGUCUGAACUGGACACAUGAAGAAACCUUUGCUGACCAGAUAAAACAACUUAGGCGAUAAAUGAUCAAAUUAUAUCAAUUCUUGUUUGCAGCAUGUCCUUAAAGUUAAAGUCUAUCCUGACAUAUAUUUAUAUGUGAUCAGUGAGAUAAAAAAUCUGUAAAUACAAGUAUAGGUACUUGGAAAAAAAAAAAAAGGUUCAGAACAAAUUCAGGGAAAGAGUUGAAAGUCAGGUUAAGAGAAGCCAAACUUGUUAAGUGUCUGAAAGAUGAAUCUCGUGUUCAAAAACACCAACAAACUGAUAUUUGCUGCUGAUCUGAAUUCUUUUCUUAUCUGAAUCAGCAUUUUGCACCUUCAAACUGUUGUGAUCCGGUUGUAGGUCACAUGAGAAGGACUGCAGAUGAUUAUAGUGUGACUUCAUAAACCAGCAGCAGCAGCAACUGUGCUUAACAGUAGUUAUUAGCUACUAAACAAACAGCCAAAACCUACUCCUACACUCUCACUACUCUGCAGACCAGUUUUUCUGACAAAGCUGGCUUAAAUGAUUGGUUUGGAUGGUUAACACUCCAUAACAAUUGUUUAUUUCUUGGCAGCACAUGGUUGUUAUGGAUACUGCUUAAAUUACAGACUGUGGACUAACUGCAUCUGACAGAUUCAGAAUAAGUGAAUUGGGAGUGUGUUGGGUGAUUUAGAGGCAUCAUCAGCUUGAAUAGAUCAAAGCUGAGACAUUAACAUUAACUUAAUAAUAGUGACAUUGUUGAAGAAUCCUGCAUAAGCAUCUGGUCUUGAGUAAAUGAUAAGGUACUAAGGUCUGUGUAGGUUCUCAUUCAUCCAAGUCAUGGUUAUAACCUUGUUGGAGGAACCUCAAGCAAGUCCAGCUGCCUGUUUAUCAUGCCCACACCUCAUAGAGACGCGUCUCACUGGCCCUCAUUCAUCAAGCUUGCGUAAUGCAGAAAACUAGCACACCUUGCGUAAGAAAAUAAAAGAGCAUUCUUUUAUUCAGACACAGACACACCCUCAGUGGUGCAAUAGACAAACAAUAAGAGUUAAGACGCACAUACGCAUUCAAAUUUAGCAAGUUCGUAUGAGAUCAGAGUGGCCAUCAUUCAUUUCAGAAGAACAAAAAUGCUUUCCCAAAUGUUUACAUAGCACUCAGACUGUUUUUGACCCUGCCAAUAACAAACUGUGAAGGGGAACGGUCAUUCUCCAGACUGGCUCGAAUAAAAAAUGAGCUCAGGAUGAAAAUGUGCCAAAAUGGGUGCAAAACCUGGAAUGCGAUGCACACACAUCCUGUGGUUUUUAGGGAUUGGCCGAUGCCAAACAUCGCAAUUGGUAUCGGCAUCUACAUUGCUUUGCCCCCCCCUCCCCCCUUGCUAUUUAUUCAGUGAUAAAAAUCCAAUAGAAAUCCAUAAAAAUGUGCCUCAGGGGCAGCAACACACUGUUUGGUGAGGUUAAUACACUCACCGGCCACUUUAUUAGGUACACCUGUCCAACUGCUCGUUAACACUUAAUUUCUAAUCAGCCAAUCACAUGGCGGCAACUUAGUGCAUUUAGGCAUGUAGACAUGGUCAAGACAAUCUCCUGCAGUUCAAACCGAGCAUCAGUAUGGGGAAGAAAGGUGAUUUGAGUGACUUUGAACGUGGCAUGGUUGUUGGUGCCAGAAGGGCUGGUCUGAGUAUUUCAGAAACUGCUGAUCUACUGGGAUUUUCACGCACAACCAUCUCUAGGGUUUACAGAGAAUGGUCCGAAAAAGAAAAAAUAUCCAGUGAGCGGCAGUUCUGUGGGUGGAAAUGCCUUGUUGAUGCCAGAGGUCAGAGGAGAAUGGCCAGACUGGUUCGAGCUGAUAGAAAGGCAACAGUGACUCAAAUAACCACCCGUUACAACCAAGGUAGGCAGAAGAGCAUCUCUGAACACACAGUACGUCGAACUUUGAGGCAGAUGGGCUACAGCAGCAGAAGACCACGCCGGGUGCCACUCCUUUCAGCUAAGAACAGGAAACUGAGGCUACAAUUUGCACAAGCUCAUCGAAAUUGGACAAUAGAAGAUUGGAAAAACGUUGCCUGGUCUGAUGAGUCUCGAUUUCUGCUGCGACAUUCGGAUGGUAGGGUCAGAAUUUGGCGUCAACAACAUGAAAGCAUGGAUCCAUCCUACCUUGUAUCAACGGUUCAGGCUGGUGGUGGUGGUGUCAUGGUGUGGGGAAUAUUUUCUUUGCACUCUUUGGGCCCCUUGGUACCAAUUGAGCAUCGUUGCAACGCCACAGCCUACCUGAGUAUUGUUGCUGACCAUGUCCAUCCCUUUAUGACCACAAUGUACCCAACUUCUGAUGGCUACUUUCAGCAGGGUAAUGCGCCAUGUCAUAAAGCUGGAAUCAUCUCAGACUGGUUUCUUGAACAUGACAAUGAGUUCACUGUACUCAAAUGGCCUCCACAGUCACCAGAUCUCAAUCCAAUAGAGCAUCUUUGGGAUGUGGUGGAACGGGAGAUUCGCAUCAUGGAUGUGCAGCCGACAAAUCUGCGGCAACUGUGUGAUGCCAUCAUGUCAAUAUGGACCAAGCUCUCUGAGGAAUGCUUCCAGCACCUUGUUGAAUCUAUGCCACGAAGAAUUGAGGCAGUUCUGAAGGCAAAAGGGGGUCCAACCCGUUACUAGCAUGGUGUACCUAAUAAAGUGGCCGGUGAGUGUAAUUAUUUUUGUUCAGCCUCUGUCAGACUCUCCAGUCUGCUCUACAUUACAAAGAUGCAACAAAUUAAAACUAAAUACUUUCAACGAUAGGUGCAACGUACCCUAUGUUAUGGCAAAGAAAUAUAUAUAUGAGGCAUGUAUGAGAUAUUAAUUUAUCAUCAUGAGCAACUUAUUGAUUAAUGAUUUAUUCAAACUUCAGCCACUGUCCACUAUUCCGCGGCAGCGCUGUUCAGCGCCACCAUAAUCCUGCUCCAGACAGGAGUUUUCUGGACUGUUUUUAUUCCAGUUUUGAUGCUUCCAAAGAGAAAAUCCUUGUUAGUUUCCACCACAGAUGUGAGGAUAUCCACUUUCAGCUCUGAAAAGUUUCUAAUCUAUCUAAUAUUUCUCCUCUUUCAUGUUUGACCUCAGUGGGCGAGGCUUCUGAACCACAAAUAUUUAAGGGCGUAAACAUGUUAAUGACGAUCGAUUUCAGCCGCCGCAUUUAUCAAGACCCGAUCAUACGUACGCUGGGAUUGGUCAGAUAUGAAUCCUUUCAUUAAUCUCACGUGUGUCCUAUCGUAUGAUGAAUCGUGCACUCCGAUCUGCGCUCAGAUCUGCGCAAGCUUGAUAAAUGAGGGCCAUUGUGUCUGCUGCAGACUGACAGAGGCACAGAAGCUAAAACAGUCCUAUCACCCGGGUGCCAAAGAAUAUUUUUUUGACAUGGUAUUGAAACAGGAAACAGAAAUCAUUUGAUUGUUGCCCUUAUUGUAUCUUAAUUCAAAAUUCUAGUAUUGCGGCAGCCAUCACAAAGACUAUGAAUCAGCCUACCGUAAUAACUUAAUGACUGGGUAAUAACAUUGUCUCUGACCAUUCUUUGAGCUGUAAAUGAGCAGUAUUCCCAUCAAAGCAGAGAUACAGGGUCCCAUGUUUCCAUGAGGUCAGACUGGAGGUCUCUGCUGUACUCCAGUCAGCCCUGAAAUGAAGUCUGGCGCUUGAUUCCACAUCAAAUGUACCCUUGGAUAUGUUUUUUUUAGAUAUUCUGAGCACUAAUUUGUAAAAAUGUGAAUUAAUCAUUUUAUUGUGUUUUAAAUCAAUUUAGAGUAACAGUUACAAGGAUUAAAAGGUUUAAGGGAAAGAAAAAGAAAGCAAAGCAGCUGCACUCUGCAACAUUAUCAACAUUACCCACACCCUCAACACACCCACUCUGCUGAAACUCUCUCACCAGCACUUCCUCAUACUUUGUACUGUAGGGCUGACAGUGCCAAGUGUGACUGGCUCAGACAUUUGAGCACUCACACUCUUCUGGGUGGUGUCUAAAAACCUUAAGAUAAGCAGGGUAUGCUGAACAUAGACUUGACAUGACUAUUGUGCAACUGCAGGUGUUCAGACAUAUGGCUUAUGGUUUAACACAGGCAUGUCCAAACUAUUCCACAACGGGCCGGUGUGGCUGCAGGUUUUUCUUCCAACCAAGCAGCAGCACACCAGACUUGAUUCAUUUCAUCAGCUGAUCUCAGUCUUCAGACAGUUGGAAGAAAAACCUGCAGCCACACCUGCCCUCUGUGGAAUAGUUUGGACAUGCCUGGUUUAACAGGAUGAACAUGUUUACUGCUUCUGAUAGAAAGAUUUGUCUGCCCCUCUCCCCGCCCCCUCACUUUCUCUGUUUCCAGGUGUGUGUUGGUACUGUGUAUCGUGUUGGGUUUGCUUGGUUUGGUGAUGGUCUCUUUUCCGCUGAUGGAGAGGGGAACAAGUAAACCUGUGGAGUGGCACAUCAACCCUGCACAUAAACAGGUGGGAAUACAUGACAGAUCCAUUUUCAGGCAUCCAUGUUUGCUGUACUUGAACUAAUGUGUAAAUGGUGAAGGUCCACAUUAUUACCAGGAGGAGGGGGACGAGAUGGUUUCAGCUAGAAUGCUAGAUGUUCAGUACAAACACAUUACUCUCUCACAACAGGUCUCCAAGUUAUAAUGGGGCAAUGAAAUGAAAAUGUCAGUCUGACAUGGACUGAUUUGUCAAGUUGAGCUCUACUACGGGCUUAUCAGUUUGUCUUUCUUUUUGUUAACAAUUUUCAGCCCGUUUUCAUCCGCUUAGAUAUUUCUCUUUUAGCAUGAAAAUGUUUAGAAAUAUUGACAUUAAGUCCCCAGAGCAGAAAUACACCCUGGUGAGCUAAGUUUCAGCCCAAAAUGCUGUUGGACAGACAGAAGUAUUGACAGGUGCGUCUAAACCAAAUGACCAUCUACAUCUCAUUCUCUGGACAAUGAUCUGUAUGAGGGUGCAGCAAAAACAAACUGAAGUGAAGCAGGUCCAGCAGGGAGAAGACUUAGAGGGAUAUUUCAGUGUAAAAAGAAGUUAUGGUCAAACACACCGUAACACCGAGUUAGACACCCUCUUGAGAGAUGAAUGUAGCCGACUGCUUGACUUUAGUAACAACCAAACGAUAGCAAUACACAGUGGUCUAUGUCUCCACACGCACACCUCAACCAAAAAGCCACUGUAAAGCCACAAAUAAUGCUCAGAACAUCACCUAACUUCAUCAACAGUACAUAUAGGGUCCCAGCCAUAGUACUAGCCAUCAAACAUCUUUUUAGCUUUGCCUUAUUUCUUUAGCGGAGAGACCAAACACAGCUCAACCACUCUCUUCCAGCAGCCACUUGUUUGUGGGGGGAGCCCUGACAAGUCGAUUACAGAGUGCAGCAGAUCAUUUCCUUGAAGUAAUAAUCACCAUAUUAAUCAUUUUGCACUGCAGACGCGGUAGUUCUUCUGCGUUAGCACCUCAGUCUGAUUGCAUUUCAAUGAAGAGAUGAUCAUAAAUGUUCUUCCUUCAGCUGCGUCACCCCGCUGCACUCAUUUAACGCAGUCACUAAUUCUGGAAAAUACUUCAAACCAUUCAAAAUUAGGUAAAUUUACAUUACUAUUGUUUCUGUUUUUCUGGUUAAUUGUUCGGACUGUAAUUGAUUCAUUUUAACCUUAAAGAGGACAUGAAACACUGACCCAAGUUAUCAUUUUUAAGAAUGCCUCUCGACUUCUCAAAUCACUGUAUUCAUGACUCUCAAAAUGUAAUACAUUUCUAGAAAACUGUGACAGAAGUUCCACUUUAGCGACACUGCGGGGAACCGUAAAGCAGUGCCACUUCGCGUGACGUAAUGGAUUGUGUAGCCCGCGUAUUGACUGAAUUGAGAUUGAUUGAAUGAGAGCAGAUUAGGAUGGCUGAAAUGGUGAAUGAGAGCCAAUGACGAGUAAACUCACUAGAGGAGGGGUAUUUUGUUUUGCGCCAGGCUGUUCCAACCAAUUUUACAACGUAUGAAGUAGAAAAUGUUGCAUUAUCAUCAUUUGCCGCCGAAACGGCCGCUGAUUCUCUGAUGCUUUUCCGCAGCUCACACCUGCAUGCAGCAGAAGCAGCGAUCAGAUGUAAACAUCGAUGUUACGUGUAAUAAACUUCAUCAUCAGAGUCUCCACCGUUUAACGGAGAUCUGACAUAAAAUAACAGAGGCAAAAAUUUCUUACCUUCACUCUGGUGUCUAAAACAGUCAGCAUUAUCAGUCAUCCAGCUCCAAAAGUAUCUCCUUGUUUGUGAAACCUAUACUGAAGCACUGUUCCUUUAAAUGCUUCAUGGCCCUAAUUAAGUGGAAAUGCUGAUAGGCAUUUCCACUUAUUGUUAUUCUCCUGUUUCUUUAUUAAGUGGAAAUGCUGAUAGGCAUUUCCACUUAUUGUUAUUCUCCUGUUUCUUUAUUAUUAAGUGGAAAUGCUGAUAGGCAUUUCCACUUAUUGUUAUUCUCCUGUUUCUUUAUUAUUAAGUGGAAAUGCUGAUAGGCAUUUCCACUUAUUGUUAUUCUCCUGUUUCUUUAUUAUUAUUAUUAUUAUUAUUAUUUUUCUUCCGCCAUUUUUUGGCACUUUAUAACUCUUCUCCACUUUGUGCGAUUUCAACCGUUCAAACUUUAAACUAUUCCUCUCCUUCAGGACAUGACGGCGAUUACUUUUCACUUUUCUACCCUUUAUACUUUUUGAUUUUUUUAACUUUUUGUGCAAAAAUUUUAACAUUGAAGUCAAUGGGGAAAUCUUCCAAUUCUUCCUGUUUUUCUUCCACCUUCUGAACCUUGUAACUUCUGCAUACUUUCACCUAGAGACCUCAUUUUUGCUUUAAAAUGUUCAUUCACUUGUCGACUAUUACAGUUGUACUCAGUUUUUUGAUAUCUCUUACAGUUUUUCCACAAUUUAGCUUUAAGCAACUUGUGGUUUUCAGCAAAUUUCAAGCUUUAUAAUGGGUGUGUAUUGGAGAGUUUAGAGUGAUGAUGUCAUCAGCUAGAGUGCAGACCUCGUCUCUGAUCGACAGAACCUCGCUCGAAUAUAUCGCUCCCACGCCCACAAAUCUCACUCCACUGACACAAAUAAUACAUCAAAAUGGAGGUAUAUGUGUCCUGCUUCUCACAAAAGAGGUUUCAAAUCAUUAAAUCGUACCCCUUGGCCAGCAGGUGACCAACUGUCCAAAAAAGGCGGAAAUCUCUCCCUUUGACUGUAAUGUUAUUUUUCUCCAAGAAAAUCCGGAUCAUCGCUCAAGCUCAGACUUUUUUUAACUUGCUGUUGUGGCCUCAUUUUUCGAAGUACAGACAUGAAAAACACAUCAUUGUGUUCAUGAAGGACGGAGGAUUCGUACGAUGUUCUUAUUUUCAUUCUGGGACUUAAGGAAAUCACGCUAUGUGAAGAAGUUCACAGGCUGAAAUUCACUGCAGUUCAGCACCUCUCAGUCAAACAGUAGGUUAGUGAUUUGCCUUUGAUCUCACAGCUGUUUAGGAUGCAGUCAUUAACGACACACACAAACACACACACACACACACGCACACACACCUUCUUGUACUUGUUGCUUUUUGAGGUCCACCUUGCAGUUCAGCUGCUUGUGCACAUAGUUAAUAUGUGUCUGCUUCACCACCUAUCUCCACCCACAAACUUUGAGCUACAGAAACCAUUCUGGGCUUCAAAAAUUCAGCUCAUUGAAGAUAUUAUGGGGUGUUUUGAGGAUUGUGAUAAUAAAUUGUAUUAAUGUGUUCAGCAGAGUCUUGUGUUCUCACAAGCUCCUUAUGAAUAUAUACAGAGGGUGAGCGUCAGGGCCUACUUGGAGUCCUGUUUCUUUAGCUUCAAGCCUUCUUUCUCCUGCUAUAGUUAUGCAUCCAAGGUCCCCAUGGCAACCAAUUUGUGCACCUGGAGACACACAGCUGACUGGAAAGCUGCUUCUAGUGGCCAUAUGAGACACAUGAAGCCAGGCUCAGUACACAUAGCAAUUGGGAUGACACUUAAAACCCUUUCCUAGAGCGUUGGAAAAAACUUUAGCCCCAAUCUCCUCACAUGACCUUUGACCUACAGAAACCAUUCAGAGCUUUGAAAUUUAAGCUCAUUGAGGACAUUAUUGGGUGUAUUUAGGAUUGUUAUUCAUUUAAAUUUUUCACAUUUUAAAAGUCAGUCAGUGAUGAUUUAUCAUUUAAUUUUUCAAACUAAUUUAAACUCAUUCAAACUGAUUCAAACCUUUCUAAUACUUCAAAACUUUCUGAUACUUGAGGACUUUUGAUAAUUUAAAAUUUCCCUGUUUUAAAUUAGUUUUAAUAUUUAUGCAUUACUCCAUCAUUCAAACAAAAUCCUACCUCAAGUACGACAACUACUGCUAAUGUCAAUUGAACUAGAACUUUCCCCUCUACUUCAACUGCUAUUGCUCCUAUUUCUACUUUCUUUACUACUUUGACUUAUACUUCUUUUAUUCUCAAUCUACUUCUACUGCUGACAUGACUACUAGUAUCACGACUUGACUUCUUAUCAUACUACUUCUAGUACUACAAUUUAAACUUAUGCCACUUCUCACCUUCCUGCCUUUUAAGGCAAUUUCCUUCUUCAUUCAAACUUUGUGCAAUUUUCGACAUUUUUCUAGCCUCUUUCAGCAUGAAUAAAAUUUCCUUUUAUAGAGCAUAUUCAUACUAUUUGUCCUUCAACCAAUUAAACAAUUAUCCAACUUAUAUUUCUUUCUCACCCCUUCAACAGCUUUAACAUUUAUACCUUUCUCCAUGUUUUAUUAGCAGUUUAGCAUUGCUUUUUCAGCUUUCAGCACUCAGCAUUUCCACGCAUUUUCUGCAAGGAAAUGCAACUUUUCUAGUUAUUAUUAUUAUUAUUAUUAUUAUUAUUAUUUUUCUUCCGCCAUUUUUUGGCACUUUAUAACUCUUCUCCACUUUGUGCGAUUUCAACCGUUCAAACUUUAAACUAUUCCUCUCCUUCAGGACAUGACGGCGAUUACUUUUCACUUUUCUACCCUUUAUACUUUUUGAUUUUUUUAACUUUUUAUGCAAAAAUUUUAACAUUGAAGUCAAUGGGGAAAUCUUCCAAUUCUUCCUGUUAUUCUUCCACCUUCUGAACCUUGUAACUUCUGCAUACUUUCACCUAGAGACCUCAUUUUUGCUUUAAAAUGCUCAUUGUCUUGUCGACUAUUACAGUUGUAGUCAGUUUUUUGAUAUCUUUUACAGUUCUUCCACAAUUUAGCUUUAAGCAACUUGUGGUUUUCAGCAAAUUUUCAGGCUUUAUAAUGGGUGUGUAUUGGAGAGUUUAGAGUGAUGAUGUCAUCAGCUAGAGUGCAGACCUCGUCUCUGAUCGACAGAACCUCGCUCGAAUAUAUCCCUCCCACGCCUACAAAUCUCACUCCACAGACAUAAAAAAUACAUCAAAAUGGAGGUAUAUGUGUCCUGCUUCUCACAAAAGAGGUUUCAAAUCAUUUAAUCCUACCCCUUGGCCAGCAGGUAACCAACUGUUCAAAUAGGCGGAAAUCUCUCCCAUUAGCCCUAAUGUAUUUUUUCUGCAAGAAAAUCCUUAUCGCCACUCAGGCUCAGACUUUUUUAACUCGCUGUUGUGGCCACAUUUCUUGGAGUACAGACAUGAAAAACACAUCAUUGUGUUCAUGAAGGGCGGAGGAUUCGUACGAUGUUCUUAUUUUCAUUCUUGGACUUAAGGAAAUCACGCUAUGUGAAGAAGUUCAGAGGCAAUAAAUUCACUGCACUUAAGGAGCUUCUCAGUCAAACAGUAGGUCAGUUAAUGCCUUUGAUCUCACAGCUGUUUAGGAUGCAGUCAUUAAGGAGAGACACACACACACACACACACAUUCUUGUACUUGCUGCCUUGUGAGGUCUAUGAGAAAAGACCCACAAAGCGAGGACUACAAACUUUGAGCUACAGAAACCAUUCAGGGCUCCAAAAAUUCAGCUCAUUGAGGACAAUAUGGGGUGUACUCAGGAUUUUUAUUCAUUUAACUUUUUCCCACUUUAAAAUUAUUCUCAUUAUUCAUGCAUUAUUAAAUGCUUCAGACAAAUCCAAACUCAUUCAAACUGAUUCAAACCUUUCGGAUACUUCAAACCUGUUUAACACAUUAGGACGUCUAAUUAUUUAAAGUUUUUCCCACUUCAAAAUCAUUCUCAUUAUUUAUGUAUGUUUUGAUUCUUCAAGCAAAAUCCCAGUUCUACCACUACAAUUACUACUUAUGUCACCUUAACUUGUAUCUUCACUUCUACCUCCACUGCUCUUGCUUCUCUUAAUAUUUUUUUACUUCUACUCUUACUUCUACCACGAGCUCAACUGCUUUGACUUCUACUUCUUCUAUUCUAAAACUACUUCUACUGCUUACAUGACUACUAAUAUCACUACUACAACUACCUAUUAUCAUACUACUUCUAGUACUACAACUUAAACUUAUGCCACUUCUCACGUACUUGCCUUUUAAGGUAAUUUACUUCUUCAUUCAAACUUUGUGUAAUUGUAAAAAAAUUUCCAGCCUCUUUCAGCAUGAAUCAAAUUUCAAUUUGAGGAGCAUAUUCGUACUAUUUAUUCUCCAACCUCUUAUUUACAAUUAUUUAACUUAUAUAUUUUUUUCCCCCUUCAACAGCUUUAACAUUUAUACCUUUCUCCAUGUUUUAUUAGCAGUUUAGCAUUGCUUUUUCAGCUUUCAGCACUCAGCAUUUCCACGCAUUUUCUGCAAGGAAAUGCAAUUUUUCUAGUUAUUAAGUGGAAAUGCUGAUAGGCAUUUCCACUUAUUGUUAUUCUCCUGUUUCUUUAUUAUUAUUAUUAUUAUUAUUAUUUUUCUUCCGCCAUUUUUUGGCACUUUAUAACUCUUCUCCACUUUGUGCGAUUUCAACCGUUCAAACUUUAAACUAUUCCUCUCCUUCAGGACAUGACGGCGAUUACUUUUCACUUUUCUACCCUUUAUACUUUUUGAUUUUUUUAACUUUUUAUGCAAAAAUUUUAACAUUGAAGUCAAUGGGGAAAUCUUCCAAUUCUUCCUGUUAUUCUUCCACCUUCUGAACCUUGUAACUUCUGCAUACUUUCACCUAGAGACCUCAUUUUUGCUUUAAAAUGUUCAUUGUCUUGUCGACUAUUACAGUUGUAGUCAGUUUUUUGAUAUCUUUUACAGUUCUUCCACAAUUUAGCUUUAAGCAACUUGUGGUUUUCAGCAAAUUUUCAGGCUUUAUAAUGGGUGUGUAUUGGAGAGUUUAGAGUGAGGAUUUGAAAAGCUAGAGUGCAGACCUCGUCUCUGAUCGACAGAACCUCGCUCGAAUAUAUCGCUCCCACGCCUACAAAUCUCACUCCACAGACAUAAAAAAUACAUCAAAAUGGAGGUAUAUGUGUCCUGCUUCUCACAAAAGAGGUUUCAAAUCAUUUAAUCCUACCCCUUGGCCAGCAGGUGACCAACUGUUCAAAUAGGCGGAAAUCUCUCCCAUUAGCCCUAAUGUAUUUUUUCUGCAAGAAAAUCCUUAUCGCCACUCAGGCUCAGACUUUUUUAACUCGCUGUUGUGGCCACAUUUCUUGGAGUACAGACAUGAAAAACACAUCAUUGUGUUCAUGAAGGGCGGAGGAUUCGUACGAUGUUCUUAUUUUCAUUCUUGGACUUAAGGAAAUCACGCUAUGUGAAGAAGUUCAGAGGCAAUAAAUUCACUGCACUUAAGGAGCUUCUCAGUCAAACAGUAGGUCAGUUAAUGCCUUUGAUCUCACAGCUGUUUAGGAUGCAGUCAUUAAGGAGAGACACACACACACACACAUUCUUGUACUUGCUGCCUUGUGAGGUCUAUGAGAAAAGACCCACAAAGCGAGGACUACAAACUUUGAGCUACAGAAACCAUUCAGGGCUCCAAAAAUUCAGCUCAUUGAGGACAAUAUGGGGUGUACUCAGGAUUUUUAUUCAUUUAACUUUUUCCCACUUUAAAAUUAUUCUCAUUAUUCAUGCAUUAUUAAAUGCUUCAGACAAAUCCAAACUCAUUCAAACUGAUUCAAACCUUUCGGAUACUUCAAACCUGUUUAACACAUUAGGACGUCUAAUUAUUUAAAGUUUUUCCCACUUCAAAAUCAUUCUCAUUAUUUAUGUAUGUUUUGAUUCUUCAAGCAAAAUCCCAGUUCUACCACUACAAUUACUACUUAUGUCACCUUAACUUGUAUCUUCACUUCUACCUCCACUGCUCUUGCUUCUCUUAAUAUUUUUUUACUUCUACUCUUACUUCUACCACGAGCUCUACUGCUUUGACUUCUACUUCUUCUAUUCUAAAACUACUUCUACUGCUUACAUGACUACUAAUAUCACUACUACAACUACCUAUUAUCAUACUACUUCUAGUACUACAACUUAAACUUAUGCCACUUCUCACGUACUUGCCUUUUAAGGUAAUUUACUUCUUCAUUCAAACUUUGUGUAAUUGUAAAAAAAUUUCCAGCCUCUUUCAGCAUGAAUCAAAUUUCAAUUUGAGGAGCAUAUUCGUACUAUUUAUUCUCCAACCUCUUAUUUACAAUUAUUUAACUUAUAUAUUUUUUCCCCCCUUCAACAGCUUUUACAUUUAUACCUUUCUCCAUGUUUUAUUAGCAGUUUAGCAUUGCUUUUUCAGCUUUCAGCACUCAGCAUUUCCACGCAUUUUCUGCAAGGAAAUGCAAAUUUUCUAGUUAUUAAGUGGAAAUGCUGAUUAAGCAUUUCCACUUAUUGUUAUUCUGUUCUUUAUUAAACUUAUUAUUAUUCUUCCGUACCUUUUUUGGCCCUUUAUAACUCUUUCCCAGUUUGUGCGAUUUCAACCGUUCAAACUUUAAACUAUUCCACUACUUCAGGACAUGAUGGCUAUUACUUUUCUCUUUUCUACCCUUUAUACUUUUUGAUUUUUUUAACUUUUUGUGCAAAAAUUUUAACAUUGAAGUCAAUGGGGAAAUCUUCCACUUCUUUCUUUUUUUCUUCCACCUUCUAGACCUUAUAACUUCAGCAUACUUUCACCUAGAGACCUCAUUUUUGCUUUAAAAUGUUCAUUCACUUGUCGACUAUUAAAGUUGUACUCAGUUUUUUGAUAUCUUUUACAGUUUUUCCACAAUUUAGCUUUAAGCAACUUGUGGUUUUCAGCAAAUUUCAAGCUUUAUAAUGGGUGUGUAUUGGAGAGUUUAGAGUGAUGAUGUCAUCAGCUAGAGUGCAGACCUCGUCUCUGAUCGACAGAACCUCGCUCGAAUAUAUCGCUCCCACGCCCACAAAUCUCACUCCACUGACACAAAUAAUACAUCAAAAUGGAGGUAUAUGUGUCCUGCUUCUCACCAAACUGGUUUCAAAUCAUUAAAUCGUACCCCUUGGCCAGCAGGUGACCAACUGUCCAAAAAAGGCGGAAAUCUCUCCCAUUGACCAUAAUGUUAUUUUUCUCCAAGAAAAUCCGGAUCAUCGCUCAGGCUCAGACUUUUUUAACUCGCUGUUGUGGCCUCAUUUUUCGAAGUACAGACAUGAAAAACACAUCAUUGUGUUCAUGAAGGACGGAGGAUUCGUACAAUGUUCUUAUUUUCAUUCUGGGACUUAAGGAAAUCACGCUAUGUGAAGAAGUUCACAGGCUGAAAUUCACUGCAGUUCAGCACCUCUCAGUCAAACAGUAGGUUAGUGAUUUGCCUUUGAUCUCACAGCUGUUUAGGAUGCAGUCAUUAACGAGACACACACACACACACACACACACACACAUUCUUGUACUUGUUGCUUUAUGAGGUCCACCUUGCAGUUCAGCGGCUUGUACACACAGUUAAUAUGUGUCUGCUUCACCACCUAUCUCCACCCACAAACUUUGAGCUACAGAAACCAUUCUGGGCUUCAAAAAUUCAGCUCAUUGAAGAUAUUAUGGGGUGUUUUGAGGAUUGUGAUAAUAAAUUGUAUUAAUGUGUUCAGCAGAGUCUUGUGUUCUCACAAGCUCCUUAUGAAUAUAUACAGAGGGUGAGCGUCAGGGCCUACUUGGAGUCCUGUUUCUUUAGCUUCAAGCCUUCUUUCUCCUGCUAUAGUUAUGCAUCCAAGGUCCCCAUGGCAACCAAUUUGUGCACCUGGAGACACACAGCUGACUUGAAAGCUGCUUCUAGUGGCCAUAUGAGACACAUGAAGCCAGGCUCAGUACACAUAGCAAUUGGGAUGACACUUAAAACCCUUUCCUAGAGCGUUGGAAAAAACUUCAGCCCCUAUCUCCUCACAUGACCUUUGACCUACAGAAACCAUUCAGGGCUUUGAAAUUUAAGCUCAUUGAGGACAUUAUUGGGUGUAUUUAGGAUUGUUAUUCAUUUAAAUUUUUCACAUUUUAAAAGUCACUCAGUGAUGAUUUAUCAUUUAAUUUUUCAAACUAAUUUAAACUCAUUCAAACUGAUUCAAACCUUUCUAAUACUUCAAAACUUUCUGAUACUUGAGGACUUUUGAUAAUUUAAAAUUUCCCUGUUUUAAAUUAGUUUGAAUAUUUAUGCAUUACUCCAUCAUUCAAACAAAAUCCUACCUCAAGUACGACAACUACUGCUAAUGUCAAUUAAACUAGAACUUUCCCCUCUACUUCAACUGCUAUUGCUCCUAUUUCUACUUUCUUUACUACUUUGACUUAUACUUCUUUUAUUCUCAAUCUACUUCUACUGCUGACAUGACUACUAGUAUCACGACUUGACUUCUUAUCAUACUACUUCUAGUACUACAAUUUAAACUUAUGCCACUUCUCACCUUCCUGCCUUUUAAGGCAAUUUCCUUCUUCAUUCAAACUUUGUGCAAUUUUCGACAUUUUUCUAGCCUCUUUCAGCAUGAAUAAAAUUUCCUUUUAUAGAGCAUAUUCAUACUAUUUGUCCUUCAACCAAUUAAUCAAUUAUCCAACUUAUAUUUCUGUUCACCCCUUCAACAGCUUUAACAUUUAUACCUUUCUCCAUGUUUUAUUAGCAGUUUAGCAUUGCUUUUUCAGCUUUCAGCACUCAGCAUUUCCACGCAUUUUCUGCAAGGAAAUGCAAUUUUUCUAGUUAUUAUUAUUUUUCUUCCGCCAUUUUUUGGCACUUUAUAACUCUUCUCCACUUUGUGCGAUUUCAACCGUUCAAACUUUAAACUAUUCAUCUCCUUCAGGACAUGACGGCGAUUACUUUUCACUUUUCUACCCUUUAUACUUUUUGAUUUUUUUAACUUUUUAUGCAAAAAUUUUAACAUUGAAGUCAAUGGGGAAAUCUUCCAAUUCUUCCUGUUUUUCUUCCACCUUCUGAACCUUGUAACUUCUGCAUACUUUCACCUAGAGACCUCAUUUUUGCUUUAAAAUGUUCAUUCACUUGUCGACUAUUACAGUUGUACUCAGUUUUUUGAUAUCUCUUACAGUUUUUCCACAAUUUAGCUUUAAGCAACUUGUGGUUUUCAGCAAAUUUCAAGCUUUAUAAUGGGUGUGUAUUGGAGAGUUUAGAGUGAUGAUGUCAUCAGCUAGAGUGCAGACCUCGUCUCUGAUCGACAGAACCUCGCUCGAAUAUAUCGCUCCCACGCCCACAAAUCUCACUCCACUGACACAAAUAAUACAUCAAAAUGGAGGUAUAUGUGUCCUGCUUCUCACAAAAGAGGUUUCAAAUCAUUAAAUCGUACCCCUUGGCCAGCAGGUGACCAACUGUCCAAAAAAGGCGGAAAUCUCUCCCAUUGACUGUAAUGUUAUUUUUCUCCAAGAAAAUCCGGAUCAUCGCUCAAGCUCAGACUUUUUUAACUCGCUGUUGUGGCCUCAUUUUUCGAAGUACAGACAUGAAAAACACAUCAUUGUGUUCAUGAAGGACGGAGGAUUCGUACGAUGUUCUUAUUUUCAUUCUGGGACUUAAGGAAAUCACGCUAUGUGAAGAAGUUCACAGGCUGAAAUUCACUGCAGUUCAGCACCUCUCAGUCAAACAGUAGGUUAGUGAUUUGCCUUUGAUCUCACAGCUGUUCAGGAUGCAGUCAUUAACGAGACACACACACACACACACGCACACACACCUUCUUGUACUUGUUGCUUUUUGAGGUCCACCUUGCAGUUCAGCUGCUUGUACACACAGUUAAUAUGUGUCUGCUUCACCACCUAUCUCCACCCACAAACUUUGAGCUACAGAAACCAUUCUGGGCUUCAAAAAUUCAGCUCAUUGAAGAUAUUAUGGGGUGUUUUGAGGAUUGUGAUAAUAAAUUGUAUUAAUGUGUUCAGCAGAGAUUUGUGUUCUCACAAGCUCCUUAUGAAUAUAUACAGAGGGUGAGCGUCAGGGCCUACUUGGAGUCCUGUUUCCUUAGCUUCAAGCCUUCUUUCUCCUGCUAUAGUUAUGCAUCCAAGGUCCCCAUGGCAACCAAUUUGUGCACCUGGAGACACACAGCUGACUGGAAAGCUGCUUCUAGUGGCCAUAUGAGACACAUGAAGCCAGGCUCAGUACACAUAGCAAUUGGGAUGACACUUAAAACCCUUUCCUAGAGCGUUGGAAAAAACUUCAGCCCCAAUCUCCUCACAUGACCUUUGACCUACAGAAACCAUUCAGGGCUUUGAAAUUUAAGCUCAUUGAGGACAUUAUUGGGUAUAUUUAGGAUUGUUAUUCAUUUAAAUUUUUCACAUUUUAAAAGUCAGUCAGUGAUGAUUUAUCAUUUAAUUUUUCAAACUAAUUUAAACUCAUUCAAACUGAUUCAAACCUUUCUAAUACUUCAAAACUUUCUGAUACUUGAGGACUUUUGAUAAUUUAAAAUUUCCCUGUUUUAAAUUAGUUUUAAUAUUUAUGCAUUACUCCAUCAUUCAAACAAAAUCCUACCUCAAGUACGACAACUACUGCUAAUGUCAAUUGAACUAGAACUUUCCCCUCUACUUCAACUGCUAUUGCUCCUAUUUCUACUUUCUUUACUACUUUGACUUAUACUUCUUUUAUUCUCAAUCUACUUCUACUGCUGACAUGACUACUAGUAUCACAACUUGACUUCUUAUCAUACUACUUCUAGUACUACAAUUUAAACUUAUGCCACUUCUCACCUUCCUGCCUUUUAAGGCAAUUUCCUUCUUCAUUCAAACUUUGUGCAAUUUUCGACAUUUUUCUAGCCUCUUUCAGCAUGAAUAAAAUUUCCUUUUAUAGAGCAUAUUCAUACUAUUUGUCCUUCAACCAAUUAAUCAAUUAUCCAACUUAUAUUUCUGUUCACCCCUUCAACAGCUUUAACAUUUAUACCUUUCUCCAUGUUUUAUUAGCAGUUUAGCAUUGCUUUUUCAGCUUUCAGCACUCAGCAUUUCCACGCAUUUUCUGCAAGGAAAUGCAAUUUUUCUAGUUUUAACAACUCUCCUCUGAAAAGUCUUUAAACAAAUUGUCAACAUGGCCCUCAUACUCCUUCAUACAAAACAUGCAAUCACUGGAUGAAUUUUGUGGGAAUGAUCUGUUCUUGUAUGUAUCUAUUGUUUUGUGUCUGUGUAAGGUCACACAAUUAAAAAAUAACGGCUGUGCUCCGCAGCUUUUCUUUAAGUCAGUCGUGACGCGAGCCUGAGGGCGGGGACAUGUGGGGACUCAACCAAAAACCAGACCAUCUCACUCAGGGUACUCCAGUCCACAUAACGCUUGAGCGCGCUUAGCCUGAUGCGGUCCCUGAAAUGAGACACAGCCACAGACUGAAUCUCAACCACAUGCAGCAAAGAAAUACUCCUGGUAGCCAGCCACUCUCCCCAGGUGUAGCUGAUCCCCUUUAAUUACAGCAGCAGGCCAGCAGAAGAGACACACCCUGCCCCUCCCCCCUCUCACACACUCACUGCCCAAUUUCACCUGGCCUCUCCACCCUCAAGUCUCCUCCCUCACCAGUGAAAUCAGGAGUAACAAACACAAUGCAAGUGACUUAUAUACUAAUACAGCUGAAAGAAAAUAUCUAAUAAACUGAGGAAAAUCCAAAGAAGUCAGACCUAACAAAAUAUCCCCUAUAACCCCUCUCCUCUCUCUCUCCUGAUCCCUCAACUCAGCCUUAAAUGGCUGCUGGAAUCCUGUGGCUUCAUCCUAAUGUAUGCACUCUAAAAAAAAACUAAAAAAAAACGAAAUAGACCUCGGGGAGAGAGAGGUUAUUAACAGUUUCCAUAAAUAUGACACCAAAAACAAAAAGCCACGUUUCCUGCAUUAGAUGAAGUUGAUCUUAUAAGUCAAUAUGCAUCUGUGUAUGGUUUUUCUACCUCAGUUAGGGGAUGCUCUCCAGCUCCCUCACACAAACAUAUUUCAUUUAAUCAUACCUAUGAGGUGAUAUUCAAACAUUGUUUAAACCUUCCAGUUUAAAUAAAUGCUAAUUCUAGUAAUUAUAAUGCAAGUUUAAACAGAUGGGAACAAUGCAUCAUCACUUUGAGCGCAAACUUAUGUGCACAAGUAAGCAUUUAAAAUCAAAAUUAUGCACUGCUCCAUUUAUUAUUUACAAAACAUUUUCCUUGAUGCACGAUACUACAAACCACCAAACAUAAUAAUAAUAAUAAGUAUGCACAUAUAUAAAUAAUAAUUCACAAGUAGUUCAUGUUUUAACCAGUAAUUUCAACAAAGCUACACACCCAUAGUGUCUCUGUGGCUCUCUGACCACAAACACAAUGACUGAACUGCUCCCACACAAACAAAAGGACGACUCUGCCUCUUCAUUAAUUUAAGCAGUGUGCUUGUGCACCUGGCUCACUAGUGCUAUACCUUCAGGUCUUUUGUGCAUUCACCUGACCAGAAUUAAAGGUCAACUGACAAACGAGGAAGGUAUUUAAUCAUUUUUCAAACUCAUCAAUAAAUCUAUAAAUAAACAAACCAAUAAUUAUAAUCAUUUACGUUUAGGCUUGACAGCAUGAUUACUUGCAAAUGUGGGAGAACAGCUGUUUCAAAGUAGUGCUCCAGGGCUUGUCGUCAUUGGUCUUCUUCACUGCCUUGGCAGGAAAGCAGCUGCUCGCCUCCUUAAGUGUCAUCUCGGGGUGAUAUAGCACAAUAAAAUACUUGUUCUAGCACUAGUGCAUAGACUGCAGCUUAACUUUUCUUAAAAAAGUGUUUGUUUUUUUUUUUUACAAAUGUUCAGGGUAAUUCCCACCGUCUGAAAUACUCCAGUGCUCACUUUAAAUCUUUGUCAGUUGAAGUGAAAAACAAAGUCUCUUAUUACAUUAGAUUAGAUAAGACAGAACUUCAUUGAUCCUUAAACUCAUCUUACUAUGAACCUCAGUCAGAAACAGACCAGGUGAGACAGGGGUUAUGAAUAAAAAAAGAUGGAGUCAGGACAGCUCAUGAUGACUUUCUCCUUGCGAAGGUCUUGCUCAGUGGAGGCCCUGACAUUAUCAGUCCACUGGGUGGAUACACCCACAGGUGUUUUGUCCACCAUCAUUUGUUUUGUCCACCACCAGCAGCUCUUACUGUUUCUCAGUGUUGUGGUUGAAUAUUUUUGAAAGUAAAGUUUUGCUGCUUUAUCUUGUUGGCAGUUUGUCCUAAUCUACAAUUAGGGAAACGAUGAUUUCUUUAUUCACAACACCAACCUCAGUUAACUUCUUGUCUGAAUGUACGAAAGGCCUUAAACAUCAUGGUAACUGAUUCUCUUACUGAUGGCUGAUGUUGAUAUGUACAGAGUCCAUUAGUUCUUGACAAAUCCAGUUCACACACCUCUGGGCGCAGCCAGCAGGAGCAGUGGGGUCUAGUGGCUUGCCCAAGGAGACUUGAGCACAUAGACAGAAGGACCUCGAACCCCCAACCUUCAAAUUGAGAUUUCGUCGCACUUCUGUACUUUCAUACACAGCGUUUGCCUUCAUGGGGCUUUCAAUGACCUCUUAAACAACAAAUGGGUGUUGUGAUACUGUGAUACUGUGUCCAUACUGUGUCCAUACUGUGUCCAUUUUUAUAAAGUGGAUAGUAAUCUCACAAAGCAUCUGCUCUGCUCUGCUCUCUUCGCAGCGGGUGCACAAGUAUGUUCAAGGAGUUCUGGAGGGUCAGUGUCGCCCCAGCAGCACCAGACACAGCUUGUUAGCUCGACUUCCUGCUAGCAGCCUUGAAACCCAGCCCUUCUUGUGGAAAGAUGUGCCGCUCAGCGAUGACCUUUUUCUAUAUCCUCCACCAUUUGGGUUCAAAGGUAUUCGUGGCAGAGUGGAAGAAUUGCUGAAGCUGGUAACUACAAUAACUUUUGAUUUUGAUAUUCUUCUUCUUAAUUGACUUGAUUUUUUUUUACCUCACUGUAACUCACUGAUAUCAAAGAGUAACCAUAAUUAAGAAAUAAUGUUUUUUUUUUUAGAUACAUGGUUUGGUGAUAAAUGAAUGCCAUCAAAGUUUUAUAUGGCCAGCAUUGUCCGAAAGCUGCCUCUUCCUCAUGAUCCAUUUACAUCACAGCACAUCACAGCUGUUGAGCUAAAAAGGGGAUUAUUGUUGUGUUUCGUGACCCCAUAACAGUACAGGGCUUGACACUGACCUUUUUUUUUUUUUACAAGGAGCACAUGUGCUCGUAAGUUGAAAAAGUAAGGAGCACACGAAGGAAAAUUGAUCAAGUAAUGUGUGUCUUAUUGGUCAACAUAAGUACUGUCAUUUGAAAGCAAUUUUAGGUCUUUUAGUCAUGUGACAUGGAAACUAUUGAAGAAAAUGUUCAAAAUUUGCCUUUGAAUUUCACACAAAAAUUUUUUAGAGGGCGUGUUAGUGAAAUAAAGAGUGUGUCUUAUUGUCCAAAUUUAGUACUAUUAUUUAAUAUCAAUUUUGGGUCAAUUGUUCACGUGACAUGGAAGCUGUUGAAGGAAAACAGCCUUUUUUGGGAUCCCCAACCGGUAAUUUAUUGAUGGUCCCUUAUUCAACACCCAACGCUCACAGCUAGGGUGCCGAGUAGAUUUAACCGUGCUACUGUUGUUAUUCCCAGGUAUGUAGAGUGAUAAGACAACGGUAGAUCCGCAGUGAAUGUCCGUCAGAUAUCCUACCUAAAACUAACUUCGCCACGGUGUUUACAUGAAAAAAACAUUUGUUGCCUUGACUGAUUUUAUUAAUGCGCACAUGUGACCCUGAUUACAUUUAUUUUAGUCUCAAAUGCGAGUGAAACGGUUGCACUGUGGAGCCCUGCCCUAAGCCCUAAGUGUUGUACGACUUUUGAUUAUUACAGUGUUGCCUAUAAGAAGAAUGAGGUAUUUGAUCAAAUUCAACUGGAUUUGGGGACGCAAGUGGCCCAGAAGUCUAAGGGCCCUCAUCCCCUGAUAAACAGAGGCUCUUUGUUUAGUGAUACAUGUCUUCCCCCUCAUUCUCUGCUCCUCAUGUUUUCUGUCUGUCUUCAGCUGUCCUAUCUGAUAAAGGCAAAAAUGUCUUAAAACAACAGUAAAAAAUCUGGAUGUUUGUCUGUCAAAUCUCUGAAGAUUUGAUGACAUUGACAUUGUAACUUUUUCUAGUCUCAUUUGAUCCAUGACUCAACCACAAAUCUGUUUAUCCUACCUGCAAACAUUCUCACCAACAGCCAGAUUACUUUACCCAAACCUGUCCACUGUGAUCAUAUUGAUCAUGUUUUUAGAUGCACUUUAGAUCUACAGAAACAGUUUUUGACAGAUAGUUGCUGGCUCCCAUUUUCCUGGAGACAUAAUCAAACUGCUAACAGGGGCAGACAUUUGGAAUGAAUGAAGAAAAGAAGGUGGAGGUCAAACUGUGGCUGCAUACUCCCUCAGGCAUGUGACUAUGUCAGUGGGAAGAGGCACUCCUAGUCUCAAGUAAACCAUAACUGGAGAUACAGAGGCACUACUAUCUCAGUUACCCAAGAUUACUCGCUUAUGAAGUUUAAUGAAUGUACACAAUCAAAGGUUCUCAAACAGAUAACUUCCAGCUCUUGGUAAAUUUGGGAUUUUUCUAACUGUAAUUACUGCUUUAAGUUGAUGUGCUGACAGCACUAUUUAGAAAACAGUCCAAUGCACUAUUUGAGACGCUGCCUCCAAAAAGCCUGUCCAGAGUUAAAUCUUGUUGAGUUGGUAGAAAGUCAGAGUUUUGAAAAACAAAAAAAGGAUCUUGUGAAUCUUGUAUGUGUAACACCAAUGUUUCUAUGCAUUGUCCUUUCAAGCUGCCAGAUUCUGCCUCUGUGGUUCAACCAGGGAACACAUCUAAUAAAUGCAGGCGCUGUGUGGUUCUGGGAAAUGGAGGCAUUCUUAGAGGCCUGGGACUUGGCACACUGAUCAACAAAUUUGACGUCAUCAUCAGGUUUGAGUCACUCAGGUUAUCAAAUGUGUGUUUCUACUUUAAAUCUACUCACCCUCAUUCUAAAACCAGUUCUAUUUUUAUACAUAGUCUAGAAAGGGGUUUAUUGAAAUCUAAGGCCUGCUGUGAAUACUGGGUUUACUUUUUGGUGAAAAGGCCUUCACCCAGGUGGUUGGGUUCUUACCUUGAUUCUUGCAGCACCUGUAAAUGAAACUUGAAGCACAACCUGUUGUUUCUUUAGCCAAUUGAACUACCCUGUGUAGUGUUUUACAGUCCUGCCCAGAGGUGUGUCCUACAAUCCUACAUUUCUUCAUUUUUUGAACAGACACUCACAAAGGCCAUUAUUGUCAGAGUAAAGCUGUAUUGUAUAGUAUUGAUGACAUAACUAAGAAACACGUUUUGUAAAUUCAUGCCAAAGGUUCAGUUUGAACCUUGUGCUCCACCUCCAGUCAGUUACUGAGUUCCUCAAAAAAACAGUGAAAAUGACUCUCUUCCUCUGUCCCUCUUGUUCAGGUUAAACAGUGGUCCUCUGGGAGAGUUCAUUGACGAUGUCGGAAAUCGAACCAGCAUCAGGAUGAGUUACCCAGAAGGCACACCUCUCCACUGGAUGGACACAGACCCACAGACCCUGUUUGUAGCUGUGGUGCACAAGAGUGUUGACAUCAGCUGGACCUCUGCUAUGAUCAACAAACUCUCAGUGGUGAGGAGGGCAGCUGGGCCUGCUGAGUUUAUUCAUCCUGUCACAAAUCUAACAUUUAAAUACACAGCAGUACAUUUAAUCAAAUCCUCUGAAUAACUGGACAGUGCUGCGUAUUCAUUAAUUUAUUUAUUUGAUUAGGACAUUGUCCCUUUUGUACAGAGGUCUGGGUUCCCUGGUAGUCUGAAAUGACUGAGAUAUUUUCUUACCCAGUCUCUGACUCAGAGGUGAACAGCUCUUCAUCUUUACUUCAGACUUGGUCUCUCUUUCUGCAUCUAGACAUUUUAUUAACCUAAAGGACGUCUGUGGCUCAUCUGGUAGAGUCUGUUGUGUCUAAGAUGAAAGGUCAGGGGUUUGAUCCACAUGCUGAAGUGUCCUUGGACAAGUCACUUGAACCCACCUGCCCCCUCUGGCUGAGCACAGUGGUCUGUAAAUAGGAUUAGUCAAAAACUGAAAACCUGAUCAGCCUCUGUCGUCACUGAGUGAAUGUGGUGUGAAUGGGUGAAUGGGUGAAUGAGACAUGUGAUGUAAAGAGCUUUGAGUGGUCAGGAGAAACUAAAGACGGAUAGAAACACAGCCCAUCGAACUCUUUAAGAUCCUUUUCUAACCUUUUGAUUUGAAAUCCUGAAAAAGUUAUUGUUUGGUAUUAAAGGGAUAUUCCGACAUAAGUUUAAGUUAUGAUCAGACACACCUUAACACCGAGUUAGACACCCCCUUGAGAGAUGAAUGUUGCUGACUGUUUGCUUUUCUAGGUAUACCAACUUAAACUCUGCCGCAUGAUAGCAACACACAGCGGUCUAUGUCUCCAUGCGCAAACCUCAACCAAAAAGCCACUCUAUUGCCAAAAGUGAUACUCAGAACAGCACCUAACUUCAUCAACAGUACAUAUAGGGUCCCAGCCAUAGGACUAGCCACCAAACAUCCUUUUAACUUUGCCUUGUUUCUUUAGCAAAGAGACUAAACACUCUCCUCCAGCAGCUGCUUGUUUGUGGGGGAGCCCCGACGAGUCGAUCGCGGAGUGCAGCGGAAAAUUUAUGAUUAUUACUUCAUGGAAAUGCAACCAGAGUUUCUGUGUAUCUUGUAUGUGCACUGCAGACACAGUAGUUCUUCUGCCAUGAAGUAAUGAUAAAUUUUCCGCUGCACUUGCUGAUUGACUCAUCAGGGCUGCAAACAAGUGUGUUUAUGAGUUCUGUCAGCAGUCACUGCCUCCUGUCAGUCUGUUCAAAUGCAGCUGAGCAGGCUAUAAUGUGAUUUUUGAAAUCCCUCUGUAUUCACAUUACUCAGAAGCAAUCCUGUGAUCAUAUGACAUUACUCCACUGUGCUGCUGCUUCUGAAUUUCCAGUCAAAGCUUUUACAUCUUGGCCUGUUCCUCUUUUUUUUUUUUUUUUCAAAUAAAUGAUCCUUGUGUGAUCAGGGUACAAAAGUUUAUGUGUCUAUAAAUAGUCUUGGGUAAGGAGUGUUUGUGUUAAGUAGUCAACACAGUCAAAGAUCACAGUUGGGACAUGUGCUUUGUGUUGCAGCCUCUGUGGGACUGGCUCUUCUUCUGGCAGAAGGUUCCAAGUGAAAUCCCUCUUAAGCCCGACAAGUUCAGACUUCUCAACCCACAAGUCAUCAGAGAGACGGCGUUGUACCUUCUGAAAUACCCUGCACCCAAACCACGCCUGUGGGGCAGCGACCAGGUAAUAGAAACUUGUCAUCAUGGGCUUUAGAUCUGUGCGGUUGUCUGGUCUUUAGAUUAGAAGGAAGCAACAAGAAGAGAAGUGCAACAUUGUAAAAUCUCAUCUGAUAUUAAGGAUUUUAAGGUCGAUGACUUGAAUGACAGUGAUGACAAUGAUCUUUUUUGUCUCUGAUAAAGAAUAUUUAUUCUUGAAGUUAAGAACAUAAACUUGGCUCAUUCUGUAAAAGACAUCCUCAAGUGUAUAUAUUUAAAAGAUCAUAUCUUAUUUUUGUAUCCCCAUUGUUGUCUCAAAAUACUUAAACACUUCAUAUGAUGUUGAAGCUCUUUUUAGUCUGUCCUUUCAAAAGAACAUUAAUAAAUCGCAGUGUUAUGUUAGUAAACUAUUGUUUGGAAUAACCUUAUCUUAUCUGUCUGGGCAUAGAAGAAUGUUGAAUCUAAAAAUUCUGCAACAUGGGGAGCUUCUGGUUUAUAUUUAUAUUUAUAUGAAUUUUUUAUUCAUAUAAAAGAGCACAAGAAGAAGGUCAAAGCUGAACACAGUAUCUGCUCUGGUUUGGUCGUAAGCAAUGUAAGAAUAGUGGCAUUUAUCAGUUUCUCUUCCUCUCUCUUUUUUUUUUUUUUUUUUUGCAGAAUGUGCCUACGAUUGGAGUCUCAGCACUGAGUUUAGCCAGCCUUCUUUGUGAUGAGGUCAGCCUAGCAGGCUUUGGCUACAAUCUGUCCCAGCAGGGAGCGCCAUUGCAUUACUAUGACCACCUAUCCAUGAGUUUCAUGCUACAGCAGACUAUGCACAAUGUGGGUAAAGAAACUGAACUCUUGCAGAGCCUUGUCAAGGAAGGAACCAUUACCGAUCUGACCGGGGGGAUUCACUGCUCGUUCUGCCCCAGCUGACCCCGAGACUCUCACCUUUGACCAUUUUAAAGUGCUUUGAAGAACAAGUAACAUUAAUACAGACCUAUGGCAAUACAACAGGAUUUAGAAACACAUUCAAGUGAAAGAGAAAGAAGGAGAGAGUUCAAUUUUGCAUCAAAAGCAACAAGACUUGUGUGACAUACUGGAAGUGUUGUCACCAAGUGCUCCCUGGACACCAAAUAACACCAAACCCAUAAAACUGGACUAUGAGUGUCCCUCUGUGUUGUGUUCGUAGAUAAAUUGCCUCAUAGCAGCUAUUUUGAUCCUCACCAACAGACUUUUAAACAAACAAGCUUGUGAAAUACUUUCAGUUUUUCAUUUCUGUCAGGACCAGUUUGAACUUUAAAGUUGAGGGCUCACAGAUAUUUGAGUGCCCAGCCAAAAUGAAGAGAGUCCAUCUAACUCACCACCUGCACAUAUUUGCAUGUGGAGUUGCAUGUUACUCAUCAUAUGGUUGCAAACGCAGGAAAACUAGAAGUUCUUUGUUUGCCCUCCCAUAAUAUGUAUUAGCCCAACGUGGGCACAUAAGCAGUCACUGGAGGUGUGUUUGGGGACACAUGAUUUGGCCAUGUGUGAUCAGCUGAGACCAGCACUGGCCACUUGUGAUUACACCAGUCAGACCACAGAGCUAUACCAUUAGAAAUUUGCUGCAGGUCUACACACAAAAAUCUAGACCUGAAGCUAAACCAGCCCUCAAUCUACAUCAUAGCAGAGAAACUCCUCUUGAACCAUGAUGACAUCAUCUGGUAGAGGUUCAGUGAACUGCCCUAAACCUCCUACCUAUCCUAUGGAUAUACACAAUUACAGGUUCACAUUAUAAUAUAGUACAUGUUUAUUAUAUUUAAUAAAGUGGAAAUGCUAAGUCAGCAUGUAGCCAACAAGACCAUGUCAUCUGCAAAAAGCAGUGACCCAAAACCUGACCCCCUCAACACCCUGGCUGCACCUAGAAAUUCUGUCCAUAAAAGUUAUGAACAGGAUUGGUGACAAAGGGCAGCCCUGGUGGAGUCCAAACCUCACCAGAAACAACUCCGACUUACUCACCCACCCCCUUACCACCAAGGAACUUAUUAACCACCUCAACAACCUCAGUCCCAGAUAUAGAAGAGCCCACAUUCGAGUCCCCCUGGCCUGCUUCCUCACUGGAGGGCGUGUUGGUGGGAUUGAGGAGGUCUUCGAAGUAUUCCUUCCACCGAUCAACAGCAUCCAAGUUGACUCACGUCUCACGACUUGUUACCAAAUAUUUCAUUCAUCAUAAAGGGUUUAUUUGAGCUACCCUUUGUCUAAUCCCUCCCCCAGGACCUCUUUGGCAUGGGUGACCCUACCGGAGGCAUAAAGCCCCCAACAACUUAGCUCCUGGGAUCAAUGGGAUACACAAACCCUUCCACCACGGUGAGGUGGUAGCUGGAGGAGGGAAAUUAUUUUUUAUACUUUAUUUUUUUUUAAUCACUAAGUCUUGUUUUGGGAGAAACUGAAGCACUUUGAGAAAACCUAUCUCUAGCCUGGAUAGUAAGACAGAGCAACAUAAUUGUUGCGGGAGAAACCGAAGCACUCGGAGAAAACCCACAAGGACCUGUAGUCUGUCCUCAUAUCCAGCUUGGACUCUGAGCUUCGAGCCAAAGAGAAAAAUCUGGAUGUAAGGACAGACGUCAGACCCCCGAUAACAUUUUUCACAGCUGAGAUUCUGCCAGAGCUCACGAGCCCACAGAAUGACAGCUGUGAAAAAGGGUUGUCCCACCCACCCACCCAGACCCUGAGGUUUCUAGCCACGUUUACAGAGGGCAGUGAAAGGCAGGAAAAGACAUCUUAAGAACCUUUGGCCACAGCUGGGUCUUUUUUGGUGAAAGAUGCUUUUUCAGAGUCUCAACCACAGCCUCAAUGACUUUUUGAUCCUGUAACAUGAGACCCCUCAAAAGAUCCACGUUACUAAACUUUUUGCACAGGUCUUUGUGGACGGCCUUGCAUGUCUUUUUGAUGUUUUUCUGGCUAAGAUCGAUAUUGUUGCCAGCACCUCUCAUCUCUGCAAACAGCAUGUCUUUAAGUCUGAUUGCCCCUGAUAUGCAGGCUGAGUGGAAUUGAUUGAUGGAGAAACCUUUCAUGACUUUAAGAACUCCAUCACAAUGACUUUCCGAUGCCAAAGGAGACUGUGGAUUCCCUGGAUGCUGCCUCUUCCUCCUCAGUUAAGCAGGCCUCUUCCUAUUCUUCCUCUGCUGUGAGGCUUUGGAUUUCUUCUUGCAUAGGUGUGGGGCAAGUCUGACCCUCAGCCUCUGUGUCUGGGGAACGAACACCUGAUUUUGGGGAGUGCACAACUUUCCUGAUCUCUCUCAGUGUCAUGCUUACACUAUCCUUCUUCGUCUUGUGCAGUUGGAUCUGCUGCUUCAGCCACUUCCACAUCUGCCUUAUGAAGUUAUGUACUUCAGUCCGAAUCUUCUCUUGGUGUAUUUCUUCUUGGUCUUGUUGUGGUGUCAAGUGAUCAGCCAGUGUGUCACUCAGCUUCUCAGCAAAACUCUCCAGCUUGCUGCUGGAAAUGUUGCUGACUAACCUCUCAAACAGGCAAAUCUCUCUUGACACACUUUUUUAUGCUGAUCUCCUGGUGUAAUUAUCUCGUUUAAAAGACUAUCCAUACUCUUAAUAAACCUUGAAGUAUCAGAUUUGACAGCUUCUUGUCCAUGAUGGUGGGCCAGCUUGCGCCUGACUUCAGUCAUCAUGUUCAGGAUCAACUCUCGAGCAAAUGUCUGGACAAAAAUGGCCUUCAUCCUGCAGACGAGCCCUCUCCUGACUGACGUUUUGGUCUCUUCUGUAGAUGAUUUUUUCCCUUCGUCAAGUGUGCCAACCGAGUCCUGUAGAGCCUGAUCUGUAAAAGCUUUUACAGUUUCAAAUGCUAAGUCCUCUGAAUUCCGGCUGGCUCCAGAAAGAAGCAUGUUAACUUCUUCCUUAAAGACAUAACUUGAAAGUCAGAACUGGCAAACUCUUUGUUUUUUUGUUUUGUUUUUUUUUUUGCAAGAAUUUCCAUAUUCUUCAAUGUAAAACAUGAAUUAAUAUUUAUUGUAAUAAUAUUUAUUGUUGAUCAUUCACACACCUUCACAAAUCUCUUUAAUUAACAUUCCAUGACAUGCAAACAUACCUUUUAUCUUGAUGUUUUUUCUCUUCUUCUUCUUUCUUCCUCUUUGUUUUCUCUGCUCCUGAAGGAUAUGUCCUUUUUUGCAACAUUGUUUUGCCCCACAACUACCUGGGCUUUGGAUGCUCAGAGCACAUUGCUCAGCAGGAGGCACAUAACAAUAGCGGAGUUUUGACAUAUCAGCAGUAAGAAUCAUAGGCCUACAUCAGCAGCAGCACCAAAAUGUUUUUAAUUUAUUUUAUUUUAUUUUUUACAAUAAUAUAUAUUUGAUCAUACAGAAAGCAUCACUCAUACAUGCAAAAAAAAAAUAAAAAAACGUUUUUUUUUAAUUGCUCUUGGGGGGCCCCCUACUGGCCGCGUGGCCCUAAGCAGGUGCUUAGUUCGCUAAUGCCUUGGGCUCUGUGUAUAGAAAUAUAAGACACCUCUACAUUAGUUUUACUUCCACUUGGAUAAAGUCCGGUGCUUUAGCUCUGAUACAUUAUUAUCUUAGUGUAUUGAUGGUCCUUUUUGGUGUUUUGAGUUGUUGUGGUUGUAACAGAAAGUAACUGAAAUAGUAGGCAGACUCAAAUAUACUGAACGUAUUCUUGGUCAUGGAGAAACUUGACUCAUUAAGAUGCUGGAAGAUAGAGUUCUUGAUUAAUCUUUGAAUUUAUUUUGAAGAGGAACCUCAUUUACACAUUUAACACUGAAAGAUACGAAACUAGUUCUGAAAACUGUAGACUGUGAAACAACUUACAACACUGACAUAAUGUAGUAGUUAAGCACAGUUGAGUCAUUUUACUCACAAACAAGCAUUUUUUACAGUGUUCGGUCUGGUUGUGUGUGAUUUUAUUACUUAAAGUAAGGACGAAAAAUCUUACAGAAUAUAAUUUUAAUUUUCACGAAUGCAACUUCUCAUAUCUGCAGUUUUAACGAAAUGGCUGGUCCGUGAAAAGUAGUGUUGCAUUGCUAAAUUAUUUUUUAAAUUACAUCUGUAUAUUUUCAAUGUUUGUAAUAUGGUUUACGUUUCUUGAGCUCACAAUAUAAACAUGCAAUGUUCUUCAUUAAAGUUUUUCCACUGUUUUGUUCUUUAGCUUUGGUAUGGAAGUAGUUCUCCCCAUCAAAAAAAAAAAAGAAAAAAGCCACACAGCUGUUUCCAGGGUAGGUUCACCAGCUCAGUUGGAUGCAUGGAUUGAAAUACAGUCAAAUGUACAACUACUGGAUGUUCACCUUCGAGGCUUCUUUGUCUUUCCAUUUGCCGGAGUGAGUUUUUGUGUAAAAAAUAGUAAGACCUCUAUUUAAGCUUUAGUUCAAUGAUGCUGCCAGUGUUUUUUUUUUAUAUAUUUCACAAGUGAGAAUGUGUAAGAUCAUAUUACAAUGUAAAUAUUUCGUAAAGAUUAAACGAAUACACAACUG